UCUUUGGCAAAAGUGUCCUCCUGUGAUGGGUGUUUGUGUUGCCAAUUCAUACUAAGUGGAGGAGCUCGCACGCGGGCUUCAAAUUAAGCCUUAUCCGUGACAGCUUUUAUAUGCGAUAUUAUCGACGUGUGCAAACAUGAUCUUCUAUGUGCUUUGACGCCAUUUGCACAAUGGCUACAAUAUCAGCAAACGCUCCUACCUCGGCUGAUGCAUGCCUGAGCAUCGUUCAUAGCUUGAUGUGCCACAGGCAAGGUGGUGAAUCAGAGAGCUUCGCCAAACGUGCCAUUGAAAGCUUGGUGAAGAAACUGAAAGAGAAAAGGGAUGAGCUGGACAGCUUGAUCACUGCAAUCACAACGAACGGUGCCCACCCAAGCAAGUGUGUGACCAUACAGAGAACUUUGGAUGGCAGACUUCAGGUUGCAGGGCGAAAGGGUUUUCCGCACGUAAUUUACGCACGGAUCUGGAGGUGGCCCGAUCUGCAUAAAAACGAACUCAAACACGUCAAGUAUUGCCAGUUUGCGUUUGACUUGAAAUGUGACAGUGUCUGUGUGAACCCCUACCACUAUGAAAGGGUAGUGUCGCCAGGAAUUGAUCUCUCUGGACUGACACUGCAGCAUUCAGAAUCAUCCUGCGUAAUUCCCCAUCAAAGCGGUGACGUGUUUGGCAGUAGUGAUAGCCACUACGUCAAGAAUGAGUUUGCCGAUAUGGAUUGCGGUCCCAGUGGCUUGCAGCACGCCUCACAGACCAUACAACACCACCCAUCACAGGGACCCUCUUCAAAUGAUCCCUUUGGAAGGCAGUUGCAAAUGCUUUCACCAACAGGGGCAGGUCCCACAUCCCCCAAUGGCAGCAUGGCAAGUCAGUCGAGCCAGCCAUCUUCCUCCGCCGGACCCGUGGCAGUCUCGCGACCACAGAGUAGCCUUCAGCAACAGUCACCACAGCAGCAUGUCCCACCGCAGUCAAUGGGCAGCAUUCCCCCUACCUCAUCUGGGGUUUCGCUCGUGCAGUCACAGGCACAGAACGCAUUUUUCUCAUCAGUCCUCGACACACAGUCACUCAUUCAGCCACCUACCAGCACUUCGAGCAUAGACUCAUUUAGCUCACGUGAUGUCCCACCUACGCCUCCAGUGGACACAAGCAUCCAGCCACUGUCACCACAAGUACCUCAAAAUGGGCUAAAUGGGAUGAACCAGCAGCAACCUCUUCAGUCAUUUUCCAAUUCUGGAACUCCUGUGCCACUUGUUGCAGCACCUCCAACAUCGCGUCUGCUAGAAGUUAUGCGUGGAGGGACUUGGACAGGCAAUAGUACUCUUUCAUACACUCAGACAAUGGUGCCUCCAGGCAUAGUGGAUAACUCAUUAAGGCAGCAGCAUCCAGGAUACUGGCAACAUCCCAACCUUCUGCAACAAGAACUCCCUUUGCAAGGAGCACUAUCAAGUCAACCAGCUCCAGAGUAUUGGUGUUCAAUUGCAUACUUUGAACUGGACCAACAAGUCGGCGAGACUUUCAAGGUUCCUUCGUCAUUUUCUGGUGUCAUAAUAGACGGCUAUGUAGAUCCAUCUGGUGGAAAUCGGUUUUGCCUCGGUGCACUUUCCAAUGUACACAGAACAGAAAAGAGCGAGAAAGCAAGGCUGCACAUAGGGAAAGGAGUGCAGUUGGACUUAAGAGGAGAAGGGGACGUGUGGCUGCGGUGUUUGAGCGACCACAGCGUCUUCGUGCAGAGUUACUACUUAGACCGUGAGGCUGGUCGUGCUCCCGGCGAUGCUGUGCACAAAAUCUACCCAAGUGCCUACAUCAAGGUUUUUGACCUGCGCCAGUGUCACAGCCAAAUGCAGCAACAGGCUCAGACAGCUCAGGCUGCUGCUGCUGCUCAAGCUGCAGCUGUAGCAGGCCACAUUCCGGGACCAGCAUCAGUUGGAGGCAUUGCUCCUGCCAUCAGUCUCUCUGCGGCAGCUGGCAUUGGCGUGGAUGACUUAAGGCGCCUGUGCAUCCUCCGACUAAGCUUCGUUAAGGGUUGGGGCCCCGACUACCCACGCCAGACCAUCAAGGAAACACCAUGUUGGGUGGAGAUACAUUUGCACAGAGCUCUGCAGCUUCUCGACGAAGUUUUGCAUUCAAUGCCGAUUCACGACCCUCGGCCUCAUGACUGAAUAAAACACUUUUCGCUGUUGACACUUGCAACUGUAGUUUUAACUUAUAAGUCAUUAUUUUGUUGAUUUGAGCAACAGCUCUCCAUUUGUACCCCCUGGACCUUCGCAUGUUGUAAGUCUCUGUAAUGGUGCUAAAGGUGUAAGUACGCAUUGUGGUACAUAUGGCAGUGCAGGUUAGUCCUCGGCCCAAUAUUGGACCAGUAUUGGCAAUACCGGCGCAAUAUUGGUCCAGUCUUGGGCCUACAUUGCCAAUAUUGGGCCAACAUGUUGUGCUGCUUGUGUCCUUUAUGAAGAUUGUGUGAGUUGAAGUGCCAUGCAGCUGUGAAUUGAAAGAACGUAGCAUACGAACCACCGACACACGUGAGCCUCAGUACACAGAAAACGCAGAGUAGUAGUACAUUACUGUAAAAAGCAAUUGCAUGUGAUUUUUUUUUUUUUUUUUUCACUUUGGAUGCAUUGUUAAGGCAUACAUCUCUGAAGUUAUAUAAACUACAGCCAUUGCUUUAGAAACCAAGAAAAAUUUGCCAGAAAUUUGCUUUCAGAACUAAGAAAAAUGAGGAAACACACAUGCCUGCAUAUGAUGACACGCUUUCACAAACUCUUAAGUGGAAGUGAUAAUUCAAAAUGAAGUAUGUGUAUUCUCUCGAUUGUUAUUGCAUCACUACGCUACUUGACCUUCAUGUUUCAGGUGUUGUGCUGAAGAUAAGUCAUUGUUAGUAAGCUGUUAUUUAUAUUUUAUGGAGAUUUGAUGUUUGAUUACGUUUACUGAGUUUACUGUGAUUGUAGUGUGAAGGCUACAUAGCAUUUGUUACUGUGCUAUGUUUAGAAUGCAGCUUACGCUGUUCUGAACUGCCUACCUAGGAUUUUUGAAAGCGUAAAUAGAUUGUAUAUUGUGUACAGAAAUGUGUAGAGCAGAGGGAGAGAAUAUGCAUUGUCAUGCAAUGCUAAGGAGAUAUGCAGAGUCAGUCACACAUAGGAAGGAAUAUGCAAAGAAUAGGUCCAAGAGCACACAGUCUAUGCUUGCACAGUUUUUGAAGCUGCAUUUGUCUGGACAUUGAGUCCGGUACCUGUAAUCCCAUUUGUGGCACAAUUGGUAUGUUCUGCUUUAUACCCUGUUGCUAUUUUAGUUUGCCGUCUUUUUCUGUUCUUUGAAUUGUGUGGAAUUUUGUGUAAUUAUCUCACCAGGACUGGUGUGUCUACCAAUUACUAAGGCCCUUUGACUUUUCCAUGAACAUGCGCGGAAUCUAGAAUGUAUCUCGGAAUUUGGGGUCUUGUAUGUAAUUUCACGGAACUAUGAAUCUUGCGAAGUAAGACAGGGAGUACAGACAAACUAUGAAUCUUAACCGAGGAACAAAGCUUUGGUGCCAGAGAUGGACGUACAGCUCGAAGUACAGUUAACUUGAACGCGCCUCCGACCUGCGGAGCAGGAAGAGAGUCACCCUAGCGGCACUUAGGCAAAGUGAAGGGAAAGUGUGUUUAGACUGUUCCCCUUGUGCUGCGGGGGUGUCCGCCUUGCCGUGAGCUGUUGACUCGGCACUGCAUUACCAUUGCAUCCUUGCGAUAUCGGCCAGCAUACACCUCUACAUAAUCGCCGCAAAACCAAGCAAACGUCGUGAUGAUACCAACAGCUGACGGUAAUGUGAUGCCGAGUCAACAGCUCAUGGCAAGUCGGACACCCCUGCAGCACAACUGGAACAGUCGAAGUACUCUCUUUCUUUAUUUCUAAUGAGCGCCGCUAGGGUGGCUCUCUUCACGCUCCACAGGUCUUAGGCGCGUUCAAGUUAACUCUGUUUGAAGCUGUACCUACGGCUCAUAGCCUCCUUUCUUGCACCACCUAACUGAGAGGAAAAUAAACGUGUAGCAUGCAUCUUAUGUUAGCAACACUGGUUAAGCUCACAUAUCCCUGUCUUUACUACUACUGUUUUGCUCCGAUUGGCGAUAUCCCAUCUGGAGUGUCCCUCAAUGCACGGUGGCUAAACGUUCCCACUUGAGAAAAGAAGGGUGCAAAGGUUAGUAUGAUACUGAGGACUUUUAUUAAGGCGCCUGAUUAUCUGCCGUUACAGUGUUAAGCAUGUCAUGCUAGUGUUAAAACAGCACAAAGCACCAUGUGGUGCUUAGCUACAACUGUAUUUUGGAUUUGUAGACACCUUAAUUCUAUGUUAUGCAAGUUGAUAAGAGAUUUUGUAUUUGUAUGUCUCCAUCAGCCUAGAUGCGCAAGCACUUGCCGCGGAAAAUUGCAGAAUUUAUGAUUCCCUGCUGCAGAAUUUGAGAUUUGCCACGACAGAAAAAUCACGGCCUUACCUAUUACUGAAUGAUGUGGUUUGACUUGUGCAUUGUUUUCUUAGUACACCCCGAGUUUACCUAAUGCACAAAAUAUUGCAUGCAGGUGGAAUUCAAUUCUUCAACUUCAGUUGCGUAGAAAAUCUGACGGUGUUGUUGCAAGUUUAUGGCAGUCAUUGCCAUGUGCGUGCUGUAUGAAGCCAUCCUCGUUAACUCUCCAAUCUUGACACAAAUUUUAUGCAUGUACAGCAGUUUUAAGUGUGCACUGUUAUCAUUACCUAACAUAACAUCACAAAAGAACCCCGUUUCUCCAAGGAAGGUGCAGUGUCAGUGUUGAGUAGGUCUACUGUUGUAAAUGAAUCAAUUAGUACCUAGUGUGUUGUUAUAAUUUCUUUUUCUUUUCCUUUAUAUGAUAUUCUGCAGUACGUUCCGUAAUGUUCCAUGAUAUCACUUUACAUGUAAGUGGACCCAGUAAUGUACUAGUUCGUUGUGGUUAGGAGGUAUUGGGAAGUUUUGGCUACGUUACUUGACUCAGUUUCGAUGGCUGGGUCUGUGCCCCCUGUCUGAGUUGGUAACAGUUUUCUCACUAGGAAAGUGCUCAUCUAAAGGGAAUUUUUAGCUUGUGACAGAGGUACUUCCUGAAUUGAGGCUUCUCAUGAUAAUAACACUAAACAAAAAUUAUCCUGAAGUCACCGUAUGAACACAGCAUGCUAACUUGCAAGCUGCUAAUUUAAUGGGCAACCCCAUACAGAAAUGAAAGGGAUGUAAUGCUAUAGGAGCAGAUAUAGCAGUGAAAGGUGCAUGGAGCAAAUAGUGCCAUACGUUAUUACGCAUUAUGCUAGAAUCUACUGCAAAAUCUAUGAGAGAGAAUCUAUUACAAAAUUGUUAGCCACACAGAAACACUGAUACUAGCAGUCCAUUUUUGGACAGGCCACAUGUUUCGAGUGCAUUCAUGCUCAGACACAUCUAAGGGCGCCCAUGUCCUUGAAGGCAAGCACACAGCACAAGGUAGACUGCCCGUUUCAACUGGCAGUAAACGUGCUGUGUGCUUGUUUGUUUCUGACAAAGGCAUGAGUGACUUGAACCAACUUCUGCUCUGUUCUUCUUGAUUACGUCAAAGAUGUAUUGAUCUUUUAUCUCCCAAGUUAAUCAGAAAUUGUGCAUGACACAAGGUUCCCUGUUAGUGUGAAUUGGAGUGCUGUGAACUACAUUGUACACUUUGUAAUAAUUGCCAUUCAGUGGCAUUUGAUGUAAAUACCAUUUAUUUACAUGUUACUGGCCGUAUCGUACUACUGGUCAUGAAAUGCCUUGUUCAAGUAGCGAGUAGUAGCAUGAUGAUGGGUAGUUAAUUUCACACAUUGUCCCUAACCAGAGCUUCCUUCAUGUCUCCUGCAGAGCCGUUCUGGUCUUCUGUCUCAACAUAUUUUGAGGUACACUCUUCGGUAUUGAUCAACAAGAGUUUCAUCACAAAUUUGACCGAUAGAAAUUCACAUAUUCUGGAUGCUGGGAAGUACCGUUAGUAUAGGCGUGUUUGUACAAGCUUUGCAGGCUUUGUCAAUGAAUGGCAUCAUGACUUACUCAGUGUGUUCGGACAAUGUAUCCAGAGGAACAGGCUAAGACGUUGACAGGAUGCUGCUGCAGACUUUGUGGUGUGGCACACAAUAAUUUUUCUUCGCUUGCAUUCUGCAUAUCUGUCUUUCUUAAGGGCUGUAUAUGUUGUUUGUAGCUUGUGAAAUUGCCUCUGUUUCCCUUUUGUUACCAUUCCAUCUACGAGAUCAAGACAAUACUUAUCAGCGAUUUUGUGUUAAUUGUCGCAAGAAAUAUAAAAAAAUAUUGAUUUUGCACUGUGCUAGCUUCCUUUUUUUCUUGAAUAUUGAUAUGGACGCACACAUAUAUUUUUUGGUGGUAGGGUAACAUUUUACAAGAAGGAAUUGCUUGUACAACAGUAAAUAUUCUAGCCUCACAAUGUAG